AUGGAUUGCUUCGAAGAAAUUCUUGAAACGCCGGCGAUUGCCUACGAGCUCCUAUUCAAGUCGGCUGCUGCGAUACCCUUGUCCCAUUAUUUGGUGGGGACGAUCCUGUUUCUCGUUGUGUUUUGGUACAAUUUUCUGGAGUUUCAUUUUUUUCAGGAUCUUUUUACUGGCUUUCGUGGUGGUCCCGUGUUGCUGACGUACAACCCCAGCUCCGAGAUUUACCAUGGGGUUGUGGCCAAGUGUAGGGCGCUCCAUGGGAGGUACCUGGCUACUCCCUGGCUCUCGAGCCCACAUAUCCAAACUUCAUUUGUAAACUUCUUGGGGAGGCCACCAGUGUUUACCUACAGAAGGCAGAUGUUUCAUGCACCUGAUGGUGGGACGUUUGCUCUGGAUUGGCUAUUGCAUUCUGAUGUUGUGCAUGGAGUAGCUUCUCCAAAUAAUCAUGCAAUUGCCAAGGAUGAUAAAACUCCUAUUGUGGUUAUGAUCCCGGGUCUAACAAGUGAUUCAGCUUCUCCUUAUAUGAAACACCUUGUCUUUGAUACUGCAAAAAAUGGAUGGAAUGUGGUGGUCAGCAAUCACCGGGGUCUUGGUGGUGUCUCAGUUACCUCCGAUUGCUUCUACAAUGCCGGAUGGACCGAAGAUGCACGCCGAGUGAUUAACCACCUACAUCAUGAGUAUUCAGAAGUUCCUUUGUUUGUUGUGGGAACUAGUAUUGGUGCUAACAUUUUGGUAAAAUAUCUUGGAGAAGAUGGGGAGAAUGUCCCGAUUGCAGGUGCCGCUGCAGUUUGCUCUCCUUGGGAUCUUUUGGUCAGUUUAAUAUGUUCUUUUAUUGGUUUUGAGAUUUCUUCGAUCCAUGAAACCCGCUAUUCUCGCCUUGCUAACUGGGAAGGCAUUAAAAAGUCACGUUCUAUUCGGGAUUUUGACACCCAUGCCACUUGUCUCGUUGGGAACUAUGAGACUGUUGAUACAUACUAUAGACGAUGUAGCAGUUCGGCUUUUAUUGGUCAAGUUUCUGUUCCAUUGCUCUGUAUUAGUGCAUUAGAUGAUCCAGUUUGCACCCGAGAAGCCAUUCCCUGGGAUGAAUGCCGAGCAAACAAAAAUGUAGUCCUAGCUACUACGCAACAUGGCGGACAUCUCGCGUUUUUUGAAGGCAUAUCAGGAUCUCGCCUAUGGUGGGUGAGAGCUGUUAAUGAAUAUCUUGGUGCCUUGCUCUCGAGCUCCCUCAUGCAUACACAGAAGAAGGCUGAAAAUGUGGGCCCCCAUUCCCCAACGACCCAAUCCUCGAUCGAUCAAGGCCCGUAUCUAAACGUGGCUGAUGGCAUGGUGGCAGCUAUGGGAAACGAUCCAACAGAAGGCAUUGCAGAGAAAAACAAUCAUGAUGAUGAUGAUCAUGUGGACCAGAUUGUAUCGGCUACAGAAAAUGAAUGUGGGCCCACAAGUGUCGACCAGAUUGUAUCGGCUACAGAAAAUGAAUGUGGGCCCGCAAGUGUCGGUAGGAAGCCCGAUUUCCGUGCAUCUGAAAAUGGGGGCCGAUCUAAGAGCAGUUCGGGUUUUAUUGAGAGGUGCUUUUAUCAGAUUUCUCGACAAAGUAAUAAGUCGAUUUGGCUGCUUGCUUAUAUAGCUGUUAUUUCGAGCUGGCCGAUUGUUGGGGCAGCUUUCGGUUUUCUCUUCAAGAGAAAGUUUAAAAAAGUCUUGCCGGCAAAGGUAAAAUAA